AUGAGAAAUCAAGAAGCAUCAAUCAGAAAUCUUGAAACUCAGAUCGGGCAAUUAUCCACGCAAAUUUCUGAAAGAGUUCCAGGCACUUUUCCGUGUAAUACAGACACUAACCCAAAUGCGCACUGUAAGGCCAUUACCACUAGAAGUGGGAUAGUAAUUGAACUUGUGAUCAAGCCUUCAGUUGAGAAAAAGAAAGCCGAAGAACCUGCAAUUGAAGAAGAAAAAGAUAAGGAAGUUGAGAAAGAAUCCGUUGCACGAAAAACAGUUCCUGAAAAGAAAGAGUUCAAAUGGGAGAAAAAGAAAGCUCAAGAAAGACAAGAAAAGCCAUUGGAACUCUCACCUUAUGCAAAGAUUCCAUAUCCGCAGAGGUUCAGAGAGGAAGUCAAAAAGCAGCAGUAUUCCAAGUUCCUUGACAUUUUCAAGAAGUUGCAAAUCAAUAUUCCAUUUGCUGAAGCCUUGGAGAGUAUGCCAAAUUACGCAAAGUUUAUGAAAGAUCUCUUAUCAAGAAACCGUAAACUGAAAGAAUGUGAGACAAUGACUUUGACAGAAGAAUGCAGUGUUAUAAUUCAGAAGAAGUUACCUCCAAAACUCCAAGAUCCUGGAAGUUUUAGCAUUCCCAUAGAAAUUGGCAACAUUGAUGUGGGAAAGGCACUAUGUGACUUGGGAGCUAGUAUUAAUCUUAUGCCACUAUCCAUCUGCAAGGCUCUGGGAAUUCAUGAAUUGAAGCCGACUAAAGUUUCACUACAGUUAGCUGACAGAUCUACCACGAGACCAGAUGGAGUCAUUGAACAUGUAUUGGUAAAGAUUGUUAAAUUUAUUUUCCCUGCGGAUUUUGUCAUCUUAGACAUAGAAGAGGAUGUUGAAAUUCCCUUACUUUUGGGAAGACCCUUCUUAGCCACUGCAAGGGCUAUGAUUGAUGUAGAGCAAGGCAAGUUGAUGUUACGAGUUAAUGAUGAGACCGUAACGAUUGAUGUUCUUGAAUCCAUGAAACAUCCUUCCGACGGAGGAGAUUGCUUCAAGGUUGAUAUAAUCAAUGAUGCAGUGUUAGAUACAGUCGAUGAAAUACUCCAACCACUGAUGGAAUUGGAGUCAUUAGAAGAAGAUCUACUAAAAAAUGCAACUGAAGCAACAUAA